UCGCAAGGAUUUUUCCGGAUUUCCUCACUUUUUCAGCGAACUUUCACAAUGAUCGCCUUUUUUUCGGCCGUUGAUUUUCGGAUUGCCUCACUUUUUCAUCAGCGAUCUUCCACAAUGAUUGCCUUUUUUUGGGCCGUUGAUUUUUUGAUUGCCUCACUUUUUCAUCAGCGAUCUUCCACAAUGAUUGCCUUUUUCUCUCCCGUCCAUUCUCGGAUUGCCGCGGUUUUAUGGUUGACAUCAUCGGCCUCCACCGUGGCGCUUCUUUCUUCUGCCCGUCCGUCCACCGUGGCUCUCGUUCCUUCUUCCCCUCCGUCCACGGUGGCUCUCGUUCCUUCUUCCCCUCCGUCCCCUUCGACCCCUCAGUUAGGCUUGCCCCCCUAUGGACACAAUGAAACCCCGCCCCCAUUGGAGAGAGGAGAGCCUGGGGCGUCACUCGCUCAGAAUAGCUAUGGCAUCAAGAUCGACGAGAGCAACUUGCGCGCGGAGUCGCUGACCGAGCUGUACCUUCCUGUCCUUGACGAGCACGAUAGAGUCUCUCCCGACUUACGGCAGCGGAGGCCUACGUUGCGAAGAGCGCUGCGAGACACAGCAGCUGGAGUCGAUAGGUCAACCGAAAGCGGGCUUCGGCGGAUUGCAGGCAAGGGUGGAGGGUCGGACCUUCGCGUCCUCGAGGUAAGGGAUGAUGUCACUGGUCCGUUCCAGUUCUUAGAAACCAGUGUGCUGACGUUUCGAGGCGAUUUGCUCUCCGGUACUGUCCUGAAGAAUCGCCUUGACAGCAGGAGCGUGAAAGGCGUUCAGCCUUCAAUCAAGGAUGAAUCGAUUUUCUUCCUCAUGGAUCACGAGGAGGUCUGGAGGCUGCAUAGUAUGAACGCAACAACUCCAGACAGUGCUGGUGGCACCGUCAGUCUCUCCGCCGGUCCCUUCUCCGAUACGCGAGCUUUCACGAUCGUGGAUAUGGAGCGGUACGGCGGCCGAGGGCGCUUCCUCGUUCUUGCCGAUUCCAGCGGCGACACCACUCUACGGACUUUCAGUGUAGACUCGUCUCAACCUCCUUUCAUGGUCCAGAACGUUUCCACCUUCGUCUCUGGCAAUGCUAUUCUUAGUGUCGCUGCUAAUCCUUCACUCGCGUACCUUUACUUCUCGACCAGAUACGCCAUCAUCUCUUCCGGAUACGGCACAGUAGUCCGCCUAGUCGAUGACUUUGUCGCUUUCCAGUCCGUUCUUGUGAGCCAGCACGCCAUCUCUGCCGAUGGCCAGCUCAUGUACGUGGCCGACUGCAGUGCGAACGCCAUUUACCGGGUCCGGAUCGCGACGGGACAGGUGGAGACUAUCGGGAUCGGGGCGGCGGGCUCUGUUCUGAUUGACCUGGGGUGCCCCAGCGGAUUGGCGUUGACAUCCGACGGCUGCAAUUUGUUCGUCUCCGAGCUGAACACGGGGAGGAUCAGAUUGAUUAGCUUCGAACGCAGUGCUGGGCACAUCAAGAGCACUCGCACCUUAGCAGGAAACAGCAGCUUUGCCUACACAGAUGUAUCAUCCUUAGGUCUUUUCAGUUUGGCCAUUUCCCCCGACGGUUAGGGGCCAGUAGUAUCUGCUUCCACUCCGGGGGUAUUGCCUCUUGGAUAUGCAAGCUUCUCGCUUGAAUGAGUUGCAGCCUUCCAAGU